CGCCCACCACACUCGUUGGCGUCUUAAUAAUCUCCGGCUAGAAUCAAUAACCCAAUUUGGGUAUAAAACACUACAUUCCUCGUUAUUUAGGUCGAUCGAGAGAGGGAGAGAGAUAGAGAGAGAGGGGGAUGGAUAAAAGGAGGUGAAGGAACGAAAAGAAAGCGAGCAGCCCGGUUCUGGUGUUAUCCUUCCCCAUCCCCUUCUGCCGCCUCUGCACUCCCAAACCCCGACGCAAGGAAGAAGAAGCGGAAAAAGAAGAUUAAAGAAGAAGAAAAAACCAUGCCUUCCCCUUACGGGCCAUCAUCCAACCUAUGGGUCCUUCUCGGGCUGGGCGUCGCCAGCAUAUUCAUCAUGACGCGGCGGAUGCGGCGGCGGGCUUUGAAGGAGGAUUUCGGCGCCUUCGUUGAGCGCCUACAGCUCCUACCGCCACCGCCGCCGGCGCCCCCGAAAGCCCCCCACCCCUUGAGUGGCCUCACCUUCGCCGUCGCCGACAUAUUUGAUAUCGAGGGAUAUGUCACUGGGUUUGGAAACCUGGACUGGGCUAGGACUCAUGAAUCUGCAGCAAGAACAGCACCGAUAAUUUUGGCUCUUGUAGAUGGUGGUGCCACUUGUAUUGGAAAAACUAUCAUUGAUGAGUUGGCAUAUGGCAUGAGCGGCGAAAACAAACAUUAUGAUACGCCUACAAACCCUACAGUUCCUGAGCGAGUGCCUGGAGGAUGUUCAAGUGGAUCAGCUGUAGCUGUUGCUAGUGGUUUGGCAGAGUUUUCCUUGGGCGUUGAUACAAUUGGUGGAGUGAGAAUACCUGGGGCUUACUGUGGCAUCUUAGCUUUCCGGCCUUCUUAUGCAGCUGUGUCUACUUUGGGCUUUGUUCCUGUUUCCCCAAGUCUUGACACAAUUGGUUUCUUCUCGAAGGACCCUAAUGUCUUGCGUCGUGUAGCAUAUUUAUUAAUCCAGGCUCCAUAUUCUGGUCUGCGCCAGCCUAGAAAUAUAUUUAUUGCAGAUGACUGUUUUGAACUGUUGAAGAUACCAACAAGCAGGGUGACUCGGGUGCUGAUCAAUUCUGUAGAGAAGCUAUUUGGAAAGAAACUUCUAAAGCAUCUAAACCUUGGAGAUUAUUUAUCUACAAAACUUCCUAGCUUGAAGCAACUUCAAAAUGGAAAAAAGAAUGGUGACUCAAAGAGUACACUGUUGUCACUUGCAAAGGCUAUGCAAUCACUAUUCAACCAUGAGUUUAGAAAUAAUCAUGAGGAGUGGAUCAGCUCCACUAAGCCUGCCCUUGAUCCAUUUAUAUCAGCUCAAAUUAAUAGAUUGGCAGAUGAUAGCCUUGCACUUGAUUGCUGUCAGUCUGCAAGAGAAGAAUCACGCUUAGCCCUCAAUGCUCUUCUAAAGGACGAAGGAAUACUUGUUCUUCCUACUGUAUUAGGACUUCCUCCGAAGCUUAAUGCAAAGGAGCUGUCAUCCGAGGACUAUCUAAACCAUACAUUUUGUUUAUCUGCUAUUGCUAGCAUGUCAGGCUGUUGUCAGGUCACAAUACCCUUAGGAUUGUUUGAAAAAUGUCCGGUCUCAGUUUCCUUUAUUGCCAGGCAUGGAGGUGAUCACCUUUUGCUAGAUACUAUUCAGACGAUGUAUGCCAUUCUUCAAGAACAAGCUGACAUAGCAUCCAAGUCCAACUUCUCAAAAAGCAGCAUUACGAAUGAAGAAUCCGCAGAAAUUGCUAAAGAAAAAGGUAAUGUUGCUUACAAGGAUAAACAGUGGCAAAAAGCUAUAAGUUUGUACACAGAAGCAAUCAAACUAAAUGGGAAAAAUGCAACAUACUACAGUAAUAGGGCCGCUGCAUAUCUGGAACUGGGAAGUUACCUUCAAGCUGAAGCUGAUUGCAGCUCUGCUAUUAACCUUGACAAAAAGAAUGUUAAAGCAUAUCUGCGAAGAGGUACAGCAAGGGAGAUGUUGGGCUAUUACAAAGAGGCAAUUGAAGAUUUCAAGUAUGCCCUUGUUCUGGAACCGACAAACAAAACAGCAAACCUCGCCAGCAAUAGGCUAAAGCAGCUAUUUCAAUAAACACAAAUCAAGUUGCAGAAGUCAUGUUUCCUGAAAUUUCUGGGAGUCGGUGGUUUGCGGGGUCAUUCAGGUUCCAGCAAUGCAUCUUGCAAGAGCACCAAUCGAAAGAUCAGCAAGGCCACAGGGAACACCAAACACUUGAUUAAAUUACUGGGAUGCUGAUGUCUGCCAUCCUGUUGCUUGUGAAGGUGCCUCAGUUUUCUCCUAUGGUUAAUGUCAAAUGAGAAGCAUUACUUUAAUGUUAGUUCUGUCAUCUUGCUGAGUUUCUCUACGUUCUUCUUUUUACUUGUACAAUAGUCUCAUUCAAUAGCUGAAUAAACUUGCAAUGGUUGAGACAUUUUCUA